AUGAAUGCAUUUAAGCGUGGACGAUGCCUUGAAGAUACACGGAUAGAGGUACUGAACAAAAUUAUGGACUGGCUUUUAUCGGAGACGGAACAAAACAUUCUAUGGUUGCGCGGCGUCGCGGGGUCUGGGAAGAGCACUAUUGCGACGACUAUUGCGGAAUACUGUCGUGAGAUGUCGUGCCUUGGUGCAUUCCUGUUUUUCAACCGGGUGGAUGGUGCUGAGGAUCAGCUUACUUCUAUUUUCCGGACGAUUGCAUUCCAACUUGCCUUAUUUGACUCGUCUAUUGCAAGGCAGGUCGAGGCUGCUAUUCAGAAGAGCAAUCAAAUCAACGAGGCUGUUGCGGAAGUGCAGUUCAACAGGCUUUUAUUGGAACCGCUCAAAGCAGCGAGAGGUGAGAUGCAGGGUCCGGUCGUCAUCAUCCUCGACGCGUUGGAUGAAUGUGGUACGCCAAGCGCUCGACGAAAAUUGAUGUCGCUCCUGCAAAAGGAGUUCGGAAAGCUACCUUCCAAUUUCCGAUUUCUCAUUACGAGCCGGCCAGAGGAUGAUAUUAAUAAAGCAUUGUCGAACCGCCCGAACUUGGUUUAUGAGCUCACGUUGGAUUCAGGAUCGGCAGAGAGCAGGCGCGAUGUUCUACACUAUGUUGACCAGGAGAUGCGAAAUGUCAUAGCAGACGCAGAUAUAUCCAUCCCGGAGAGCUGGCAAUGGGAUACAAAGAUAAAAAAUCUAGCUGAUGCCUCGGAAGGAUUAUUUAUAUGGGCAUCGACUGCCAUCAAGCUUGUCUUAGAGAGUCCCCGCAGGUUUCGAAAGCUUGAAGAGCUCGUCAAUGCAUCUCAUCGACUAAAGGGUCUUGACCAAUUAUAUGAUUCGGUGCUGAGGAACUCUGGAGUUAUUGGAGUGGAUGAUUCGUCUUCUAUAGCUCACUUUGUGCAAGUCUUAGGCCUUGUCCUACUCAGCCGUGUUCCACUUUCAGAUACGAUGAUCGAUGCAAUCCUCGGUUUGUCGUCCACCGAACCAUCGCGUGAAAUUCUGUCGAAGCUUGGCAGUGUACUUGUAUUCAGGCGAAGCGAACCCGUUCAUGUACUUCACACGUCAUUCGCCGACUACCUGUUAUCCACGCGCUGCUCCCAACCGUGCCGCGAGCAUAAGUACCCUUCCCAAUGUCCAUCCGACCCAUGGUUCAUUAACAAAGCCUCUCAGCAAUCAGCCAUUGCCAUGCGUUGCUUUAUUGUCAUGAAGGAUAUGCUUCAUUUUAAUAUGUGUGAUCUCGAAUCGUCUUUCGUAUGCAACAAAAAUGUCACUAGGAUCGAGGACUGUAUCAACGAGACGUUACCGCAGCAUCUGCAAUAUGCGUGCAUGUACUGGGCAAAGCACCUUGCUGAUGCAUUGCACUCACGCGAUCUGUCGGAUGAGUUAAUAUCAUUCGCACGCAAGCGGCUGCUGUAUUGGUUUGAGAUGAUUGGCAUACUGGGCCUGGUGCGUAGUAUCGCAAGCCGGGCGCUCAUGGACGCUGCUGCGUGGUCCGAGGAGCAUGAUUCGGACGUAUUUUCAUUCCUGAAGGACGCUAGUGGACUCACCUCAGCAUUCGCCAUUCCCAUGACCGAAAGCACAUCGCAUAUCUACGUCUCUAUGCUCCCACUCAUGAAGGAUGAAUCGGAAGUCGCUGCCCACUACUCGAAACAGACAUCUCGGAUGGUUGUGGCCGAUCGAAUAGGGACGAAACGACCGCCGCUGUGGUUGAAGGUGCUGGAAGGGCAUUUGGCUGCUGUUUGGUCCGUCGCAUUCUCGCCCGAUGGGAAAUGUGUCGCGUCGGGGUCUGGUGACGGAACAGCCAGAAUCUGGGAUGUUGAGAGCGGUGAGAUGCUAUGCGAACUUUUUGAAGAGAAUGGAGCCGACGUCAUGUCUGUUGCAUUCUCACCGGACGGCCAGCGCAUCGCCUCUGGGUCAUGGGGCAGGACAGUCACGAUCUGGGACAUUGAGUCGAGGGUGGUGGUCUCAGGAUCGUUUACAGGGCAUACUAAGGGUGUACAUGCUGUCGCAUUCUCAGCUGACGGAACGCUCGUUGCUUCAGCCUCUGAGGACAAGACAAUAAGAGUGUGGAACGUCAAGAGCAGGACCACUGUACAUGUUCUUGAAGGACAUACGGCUGCUGUAUGGUCUGUUGUCUUCUCCUCUGAUGGGAAGCGAAUCGUUUCGGGCUCCAAUGACAAGACAAUCCGAGUCUGGGACGCGAUGACAGGGCAGGCCAUUGGCAAUCCUUUCGUAGGACAUACUUACGAAGUCUACUCUGUGGCAAUCUCACCCGAGGAUCGGCGCAUUGUCUCUGGCUCGCGUGAUUACACAGUGAGAGUCUGGGACGUGGAGAACAGGAAUGUCAUCACUGGCCCAUUUUGGCAUUCAAACAUUGUUCUUUCUGUUGCAGUUUCGUCUGAUGGAAAGCGUGUUGUGUCGGGAUCUGCAGAUGAUACAAUCAUUGUCUGGGACGUGGAGAGCGGUGACAUCGUCUCUGGUCCUUUCACUGGCCACGCAGACACUGUCAUCUCUGUGGCGUUCUCGUCUGAUGGGUCACGCAUCGUCUCAGGAUCCGAUGACAAGACUGUCAGACUCUGGGACGCGUCGAUUGGCAAAAUUGUUCCGGACUCUUCUGCCAGGCACACAGAUGCGGUCAGGUCUGUCGCCUUCUCUCCGGAUGGCACUCAGAUAGUGUCAGGCUCUCAGGAUAAGACAGUGAGACUCUGGGAUGCUAGCACUGGGGAAGCUAUCUCCGCACCAUUUGAAGGGCAUGAAAACUUUGUUUAUUCUGUGGCAUUUUCGCCUGAUAGUAAACGAAUUGUCUCUGGUUCUCGCGAUGAGAGUGUCAUUGUCUGGGACGUGAACAGCCGUGAGAUGUCGUUCAAGCCACUCAAAGGGCACUCGGACGGUGUCAUUUCAGUCGCCUUCUCUCCUAAUGGCACACGUAUCGUCUCUGGCUCUUAUGACAGAACCGUCAUCAUCUGGAAUGCUGAAAACGGAGGCAUAGUUACCCAAUCUGAUCAAGUGCACAAGACAGCGAUCGGCACUGUCGUUUUCUCGCCAGAUGGCACGCUUAUCGCAUCGGCGUCUGUUGACAACGACGUCGUCGUUUGGAAUGCCGAAAGUGGGGAAUGUAUCAUUUUUGGACCACUGAAAGGGCACAGCAACACAGUCACGUCCGUUGCGUUUUCACCUAACGGGGAAUACCUCGUCUCUGGGUCGGCCGAUUGGACGGUUAUUGUAUGGGAUGCAAGUAAUGGAAAUGUCGUUUCUGAGCCGUACAAAGGCCAUACCAGUCCCGUUUCUUGCGUUGCCUUUUCACCAGACAGUCCCCGUAUUGUCUCCUGCUCUUAUGACGCAACAAUACGUAUUUGGACUGUACCAGGCAAAGAAGACGAUUCUUUAACGACCAGGAGUCUGCAAGGCAAUGUGGUCGCCCCAUGCUCCGACAUACAAGACGUCGACGAUGGCUUCGUAACUUGGACCCUUGCGGACAACGGAUGGGUGUUAGGUCCUCAAGACGAGUUACUGUUAUGGCUUCCACCCGACAUUCGCCCAACGCUCUGGCGGUCACAGGACACAGCUGUCUUCAGUUGCGAAUUUUCCACGAAGUUGAAUUUCAAGGACGUUGCACAUGGCCUGCAUUGGCAUGAGUGUUUCAAUCCGGAUGUAUAA